AUGACACGAUCGCGGCGUGCACCAACCUGGCUUUUGCUCUGCUGCGCUCCCUUACUUCUGCGUUGGCUGGGCAGAUGUUGGCUUAGGUCAUCUUUCGUGAUUGGAGGUCCAAGAUGCACAAGAGACUCGCCCACAAGACCAGCGGUCGCACGAGAAGCAUCCAAAGAAGUCUGGGAUACAGCCUGGGAUUCACUUCUACCGGCUGGACCGGACGGGAGCCCCAUCAGCAAUCAAGAAUUGCUCCGGCUUGUGAAGGACAAGGUGGAUGAGACUUAUUUCGACGAGGACGGACUGCGGGAACUUCCGAGAGUGGAUGGCCUUCCACGCGGCAAGGGCUUCUUUGAGCAAAUGAAUGAUACGUUCUGGCUCAAAGGCCCAGUGGUUGUGGCACCUCUUGGGCCCCUCAGAACCAUAAGCGUCUCAGAUCCUGGCAUGAUUAAGCAAAUUCUUUCCGAGCGAGAACUUUACGGCAAGGGAUUUCUGGCAGCGGUUGGGCAAGACAUCUUUGGCAAGGCUCUGAUUACCGCGUCAGACCGUGAACUAUGGCAGUCUAGACGCUCCGCAACAAGCGCUGGCUUCCACGCACAGUGGUUACGAAGCCUCACGGAGGAUUUUGCUCUAUGCACUGUUCAAGCCAUGCGUGUCCUUGAUGAUCGCGUUAAGUACGGAGAGGUGGUGGACAUGGAAAGCUUCUUUCUGAACUUGGCGCUUGACACUGUCGGGCGGACCAUAUUCGGAUAUGAUUUUCGAGCCAGCGAACAGCCUCCUAACAGCCCCCAGUCGCCAAUUGUACGGGCAGUCUACCGUGUCUUGAAGGAGAGGACAGAGUACAGACAGGCUAACCUUGCCAACCUGCUGUUGAUGGGAGCUCCGGAUGCUUUGGUGGACCUGGCAGCUCCAAGCGUUGCAGAGUACAGGCAAAGCCUUCGCAGCAUCGAUGCUGUGCUCGACAAAGUCAUCAACGCAGCAUUGCAGGAGCAAAGGCUGACAGACGAAGCGGAGCUUCGGCGGCGCUCUGGCGGUACACUCCUUCAGUUCAUCAUAGACCUCUCAGGAAAGCAGGCCAGCAGAGAGCAGCUCCAGGAUGACCUACGAACGCUGCUCAUUGCGGGCCAUGAAACCGUGGCCAGCACGCUGACGUGGGCCAUAUACGAACUGGCGAAGAGUCCCAAAGCAAUGGCCAAGGCCAAGCAAGAGGUGCAGAAGGUAAUGGGCAGCCGCGACUCUCCCACGUAUCAGGACGUCAAGGACAUGAAGUACAUCAGGCUUGUCCUUACAGAGGCCCUGCGGCUGUUUCCAGCACCACCGGUGCUUGCCCGGAGCCCUCUCAAGUCCGUGACGCUGCCAAUGCCUGCUGGAGGCAACGUGACGUUGAGUAGAGGUUCGUUAUUGCUACUUCAGCUUACUCAACUCCAUCGACACCCUGGAAUUUAUGAGCGCCCCGACGAGUUUUGGCCCGAGCGUUGGGAGCAAGGCUUCAACUCCACCGGCGCUUAUCCCGUGCAAGGAUGGCGUGGCUAUGAUCCAGCAAGGGUCACUGGCCUGUAUCCCACAGCCGUGGCUACUGACUAUGCUUUCAUUGGUUUCGGAGGAGGUGAGUUUCAGUGUGUGGGGGACCAGUUUGCUAUGAUUGAAGGCACAGCUGUAAUGGCGAUGCUUCUGCAGAGGUACAAUUUCAAACUCGUCGAUAGCGAUUUGGAAGCAAUUGGCCUGGAUAUGGCUGCUACAAUUCACACAAAGCGCGGCCUGAUGAUGAGAGUUUCGAGGGCCACAGGUUGA